AUGCGCGAAAUCGUUCACCUCCAGACCGGUCAGUGUGGUAACCAGAUUGGUGCUGCUUUUUGGCAAACUAUCUCAGGAGAACACGGUCUUGAUGGCGCUGGAGUUUAUUCCGGGACUUCCGACCUCCAGCUCGAGCGUAUGAGUGUCUACUUCAAUGAGGCCUCAGAAAAUAAAUAUGUUCCUCGUGCCGUCCUAGUUGACUUGGAACCUGGUACUAUGGACGCUGUCCGUGCUGGUCCUUUCGGACAGCUCUUCCGUCCCGACAACUUUGUUUUCGGGCAGUCUGGUGCCGGUAACAACUGGGCCAAGGGGCACUACACCGAGGGAGCUGAGCUCGUUGACCAAGUCUUGGAUGUUGUUCGUCGUGAGGCCGAGGGAUGUGACUGCCUGCAGGGUUUCCAGAUUACCCACUCCCUUGGUGGUGGUACCGGUGCCGGUAUGGGAACAUUGUUGAUCUCCAAGAUCCGUGAGGAAUUUCCGGACAGAAUGAUGGCUACAUUCUCAGUCGUUCCUUCGCCCAAGGUUUCAGACACUGUUGUUGAGCCUUACAAUGCUACCUUGUCUGUUCACCAACUUGUUGAGAACUCCGAUGAGACCUUCUGUAUCGAUAACGAGGCUCUUUACGACAUUUGCAUGCGUACUCUGAAGCUUGCUACUCCAUCUUACGGAGACUUGAACCACUUGGUCUCCGCUGUCAUGUCAGGUGUUUCUACAUCCCUUCGUUUUCCUGGCCAAUUGAACUCCGACUUGCGGAAGUUGGCCGUCAAUAUGGUCCCGUUCCCACGUCUACACUUCUUCAUGGUCGGAUUUGCGCCUCUCACAUCCCGCGGAGCAUGCUCUUUCAGAGCUGUCAGCGUUCCAGAGCUCACCCAACAGAUGUACGACCCGAAGAAUAUGAUGGCGGCCUCCGACUUCCGCAACGGACGUUACCUGACCUGCUCUGCCAUCUUCCGUGGUAAAGUGUCAAUGAAGGAGGUCGAAGAUCAGAUGCGCAACGUUCAGAACAAGAACUCAUCUUACUUCGUUGAAUGGAUUCCAAAUAACGUCCAGACUGCCCUCUGCUCCAUUCCCCCUCGAGGACUCAAGAUGUCUGCAACUUUCGUUGGAAACUCUACUUCCAUCCAGGAACUCUUCAAGCGUGUGGGUGACCAGUUCACCGUCAUGUUUAGGCGCAAGGCGUUCUUGCAUUGGUACACUGGUGAGGGUAUGGACGAGAUGGAAUUCACUGAGGCUGAGUCCAACAUGAACGAUUUGGUCUCCGAGUACCAGCAAUACCAGGAUGCGUCCAUCUCUGACGACGAGGGCGAACACUAUGAGGAAGAGAUGCCUGCUGAGGAGGAAUAA